AUGGCUUUUGGGGAGGUCGUAUGCGGCUCUCCGGGGAGCGGGAAAUCAACAUAUUGUUACGGCAAGCACCAGCUCUUCACCGCUCUCAACAGACCCAUCGCAAUCGUGAACCUCGAUCCUGCGAACGAGAAUGUGAUAUAUCCAUGUGCAGUAGACAUAUCCUCGCUCAUAAAGCUUGAGGAAGUCAUGCAAGAGUACGGACUCGGUCCAAACGGCGGCAUGCUCUACUGCAUGGAAUACCUCGAGACCAACUACGAUUGGCUGGAAGACCGCCUCAAGGAGCUGGACAAGGACGACUACGUGCUCUUCGAUCUUCCGGGUCAAGUAGAGCUCAGCACGAACCAUCCGAGUGUCAAGAACAUUAUUCGCCGGCUGACCAAGAGCGGCUUCCGGCUAGCUGCCGUACAUCUCUGCGAUGCCCACUAUGUCACCGACGCCGCCAAGUACAUAUCUGUUCUCAUGCUCUCCCUGCGCGCCAUGCUGCACCUCGAGCUCCCCCACGUCAACGUCCUGUCCAAGAUCGACCUCAUUCGGCAGUAUGGCGAUCUUGACUUCAAUCUUGACUACUACACGGAGGUGCAAGAUCUUUCUCAUUUGGAAAAUCUGCUUUCGCAACAGACUCCGCGCUAUGCUGCGCUCAACAUGGCGAUAUGUUCGCUCAUCGAAGACUUUUCCCUCGUGGGGUUCGAGACCCUCGCGGUUGAGGACAAGGAAUCUAUGCUGCACCUCACCCGAGUCAUCGACAAAGCCACCGGCUGCGUCUUCGUGCCUCCGGCCGCAGCAAGCCAACCCGCGGACACCAUCGACACCUCCUCCCUGCCUGCGUCGCAGCGCCCCAACACUUACUCGCUCAUGACGUCCGCGGCGGGUCCGAUCCGCGGCCCGCGCUCGGACGCACGGGACGUGCAGGAACGUUGGGUCGACGCGCGCGAUGAGUGGGAUGCGUGGGAGCGCGCGCAGUGGCGGCGGGAGGGCGAGCAGGUGCAGGAGGAGGCUGCGCGUGCGCAGAAGCAGGGAAAGAUCAGGGAGAGGACCGCGCCCGGCGGGGAGAAGUCGCAGUGA